AAUAAUUAUUAUUGUUACUUUCGCAUAACUUACUUUCGCACCACUUUCCUGAUAAACAUAUGCGGACUUUAUGAGAAGAGAAUGCGAAAGUAUCUUAUUAUUUUUCAGUAUCCAAUCAAUGAAGGACAAUUAAACCAUUUUAAAGAACGUAUGCCGCUGCUUAACCUUCAUUGCUUUAAAUGGGACGAACACAAGCCUUGUGAACAAAAGCAAAAAUUCUUCAAACUAGAACCUCAACUUUAUGAAUUUCAAUUGAGUGAACAACUUGAGGAAAAGUGGAAGGAUGCAAUAGAAAAACAAAUUCCUUUAUUUUUAUCGAUUGAUGAUUUUUCUGCUGUCAUUUUUGAAUUGGAACAAAGAUUCAAAUGGGGUACAGAGCAAUACUACUUCCAAUUGCCGAUUAUUCCAACAAAUAUUGAGGAAAUGAAAAUUACUCGUUAUUACUUUGAAUUACUUUUUAACUGUGCUUUCGAAGUUUUUGAAGUUUCUCGUCUUAUAAUUAAUCCGCAAAUGAUUGAAUUAUUAUUUGAUGAAAAUAUAACAAAUCUACCUUUACAAAUACAUUCACAUUUAAUCAAUAUAUCUUUUUUGGGUGAUUAUUCGUUGAACUUCAUUUUGAACCAUUUGAUUGCUAAUAAUCUUGCCAUUGAUUUUGAUGCUGUAAAAGAUAUUGACGUUUUAUUUCAAAUUUUGGUAAAGGAAGAUAAAUUUUCCAAAAUUACUCUUCAAUAUAUUAAUUCAAAAUCUUACUUUUUCAUUAUUGAGGUUUGUAGAUUUUAUUUUCGAUAUAAACUAGCGGUUCCCCUACCCCUCUUGUUUCAGGGCUGCUACAUGUUGAUUAUGGGUCGGGCAAAAUUUUUUGAUGUGUUUAUAAAAAAUUGUUGGGGCUCAAAAUGGCCAAUUCAUUUUAUUCAGUAG